UCGAGAGGGUUUUCAACACCCCAUUUGGUUUGGUCAAAUUUAGCGCACGAUGACGUCACAUUGUGAACAUGGCCGAAAGGGUGCCGGAGGUAAAAACUGGAGAAAAGUUGAGUGCCACACAACGGGCUCGCAUUGAAAGGAAUCGCCAGAGAGCAUUGUUACUGAAGCAAUCUAGACUUACUAGUAGACCAUACACAACUGGAAAAGAAGACAAUGAUGUCAUUGGUAAGGUUAAAGUACCUGGUAAAGUGAUUGACACUGGUGGAGGAUUUCUUCUAGAGGAGGAGGACCAACAGGAAGCGGCCUCUACAGUCAAAAUAGCACAUCCUCCUGCUCCAGUGAUAAGCACAGACCUCCUGAUCUGCAAUGAAUGUAGUAAAGAGUUUAUGGACUCAUUCCUCUACAGUCAUUUUGAAGAGUUUGUAUGUGAUAAAUGCAGGGAUAAUGAAGAAAAGCACAGCUUGAUUACAAAAACAGAUGCCAAAAACAAAUAUCUGUUGAAAGAUGCAGACUUUGAUAGAAGAGAACCCAGCUUGAGGUUUAUUGUAAAAAAGAAUCCCCAUAAUAAUAGAUGGGGAGAAAUGAAAUUGUAUUUAGAAUCUCAGGUAUAUAAACGUGCAAUGGAAGUAUGGGGAUCAGAAGAAAAAAUAGAAGAAGCACAAGAAAGAAGAGCAGAAAAUAGAGAGAAACAACAGCAGAAAAAGUUUGACAAGAAAGUGCAGGCACUCAGAAAAGCAGUUCGCAGCAGUUUGUGGACCAAGGAGCUCGGAAACCAUGAACAUGAGUUUGGGGAAGAAGUUUAUGAUGAAGAUAAUGAUACGUAUAAUAAAACAUGUAAAUCAUGUGGGCACAUUAUGUCCUAUGAGAAGAUGUGAUAACACGAGUUGUUAUAAUUAUUACUGCAGAUAGUUUAUAUAUGUGUUGAUGGGAUGGCGAAGGCAUCAGAUAUUGUAAUGGACUGUCAUGGCUUCCCACCCCCAACUGUAAGUGAUGUUAUUCAUUGAUCACUGCAUUGCUUAUAAUGUCGGACAGUGGUGGCAAUACCUCUGUGCCAAAAGCUGGGAGGUCAGGUCAUUUCCAUGGAGAAUUGGAAACAAAAGUCUGGUAGUGCUAAGAGGAAUACAAUUUGCAAGAAAACCAGCUACAAAUGUUGCAGAUUGUUAUUGCGCACCAUUCGUGGUGAUUCUAAGAAAGCAAAGAAAGUUAUGAAAGAUUUUAAUGUACAGGUAUUUGUUUAAGAGCUUUUGUCCAGUUUUUCUGUAAGGAAUCAUUUUACAUAAUGCUGUGGACUUGAUUUGCGUUGGAUGCACAGGCCACUUAUACAGUAUUAUUGCUCAUAUGCAACAACUUCAGCUGUCACCCCCUACAUUAAGCAGGGUCAACAGCACCACAAAAUUUUUCCUAGGAAAAUAAUCAAAAUAAUGGCACCAGUAAGGCUACACAGGAACCUGUUGAUCAAGAAAUUUAUUCCACAAUUAAAGCAGGUGGCAAUACAUAUACAUUUGUAACAAAUUUAGCAAGAAAAAGCUGUAAUUGUAUUAUGUUGGGUGAUUACGCUUGGCAUUACUGUAACAACAUAAAUGGACAAUGUUGUUAGGUGGUCAUAAAAGAACUUUGAAAUUAUUACUUUUCACAAAAGAAUUUAUAUUUAAAAUCUUGUGAACCAAUGAUUUUGAGAAACCAAUUGUCUUGCUUAUUAUGAUUAUGCAAGAACUGAUAAUAUUUAUUUGAAUUUGACUGUAAUGUCACUGACCUAUUAUAUAUGAAAUUAUGGUUUUAAUAUUGAAAUUCCUGCCAAUUUUUUCUUUGAUCAUUUAAUUGAAGAUUUGCACACAUUCCUCAUAUGUUGAAAAAGGUUCAUAUUUGUAUGGGGAAAUAACAAUUGUUUGAAUCAUU